AUGGGUCGUAAAAACGCUAAAAAAAAUCUUAAAUCUCGUACAUUAAAAAGUUUUUCUAAACAAAAAAUAAGAAAAAAAUUAAGAGAUUUAUGUGCCGCUGAAGCCGAAAAUCGCGAAAAGGCUGAAAAAGAAGCACAAGGAAAAGAUAUACCUGAAAAAGAAAUACCUGCUGACGAAAAAUCAAAUUAUAUCAAUUAA